GUGCAGAGCUCGCGAAUAACCCAUCCACAACUUACAAAUCGAAAGAGAGAAAAAAAAAAAAGAAAAUGUUCAAAUUCGUGUUGUUUGCCAGCCUGCUGGUCAGCGUUGCCUUAGCCGCACCCAUCGAUGACCAAUUAAAUGCCGAAGAUCAGAGAGAUUUAGAGGCAAAGCAGAAUUCAAAUGCCCAAUACGAGUUUAAUUCUAAAGUCGAUGACCAUAUAAACGAUGGAACAAUAGAGCGCGAAGAGACACGCGACGGCACUAAGGUGACCGGUUCCUACAGCUACACCGACGGCUUCGUGAAGCGAACUGUCCACUAUGAGGCCGAUGAGAAUGGUUACCGUGUGAUCAAGGAUGAAAUGCAGGACAUCGGUGAUGGUCCCGUAUUUAAUGAAAACGGUCAGGCCGAUGUACAAGGCUCUCUAAUUGGGAGCUACUCGAUCAAGCUGGACAACAGCAGCGACAAGCAGCAUUACAAGGGCACUAACGAACACCUCUAGGCAAUUGUUCAGCAUGCCUAAAGGAUGGUUUCUAACAUUUAGAAAAGAACUGAAUACAGUGUAAAAUAAAAGUCAGAACAGGUCUUAACUAAACUAUGUUGUUAUUGUAUUAAAAGCCAAGUAAAAACGAAAAUCCCUCAACA